UACAUUCAAGUCUUGUUUUGUUUGAUAGUGCAAGAAAUUGGCGGGAAGGGGACAUGCCAAUUAGAAAUGUUUAGUUAAUGAACGUCUAGUAAAAGUGUCUAUUUGUACACUUUUAAAAGAAAUCAACAAAAUGUUAAGACUGAGUUGCAGUUAUGACCAGAAAUGAUGACCUUUUAAAUGAUGAUCACAUGAAAAAUUUUGAAAUUCUGAAAGAAUGUGAACUUUCCAUACCAAAUCAUCAGAAGGCUAUAGGUCACGUAAAUGAAAGUGAUGUGGGAAAAUUGGGGACAUGGAAUAUGCACUCAAGGAGGAAUUUCUCAAUGACAGAUGUGUGCAUAGAGCAUUGCUUCAUAGGAAGACUGAUUGGCUUGAGAUCAAUUCACUUGCAUACUGUAUCUUUUGGUGGACACUAUUCAUAUGAAAGUUUAUCUGAUGAAUAUUUGAUAACUUAAAAAAAAAGUUUCCAGGUGUUUCUGUAGUGAAGAAUCUAGAUGAAUGACGCGGUUUCGAAGUGUACUUUGAUAGUGAAAACGUCUUCAGUGGCAUCACAUAUUUCCUACAGACAGUGACAGCGAUAAAAUAGCGAAAUCGUUUGGACAUCCACAGAUCUGGGGUGUUGGAAAGGAAGGCAAACCUUGGAUGGAAUCGAAUGCCUCAAGAUAGAAAAGAACGAUUUGUAAUAUUGAUGUGUUUUGAAACUUUUUUUAUUUAAACUAUAUAUUUUUAUUUUUAUUAUGCAUUUGUAAAUGUUUUUGUUUACACACGUAAAACCGAAAUUUUAUUCUUUUGGCUGUUCGUGUUUCCAACAAGCAAAUGUAGUAGUAAAACUUUUGAUUCAUACGAAGAAGCAACUCAAGUUUGUCAUCUAUUCAUCAAGAAAAUUGGUUUUACAAAACUUUAAAAUUUCUUUUGCAUGUUGAAACUAAAUGAAAACUAUGUGCUUGUAACAUAUGAACUAGAGCUUUUCAGGAUGCUAUGGUUUUGAAAAGUCAAUUCUUUUAUUGUUUACAGAAUGGAGAAGCUUUGCACCAGUGAUUUUUAUAGCCAAGCGUUUCCACAUCAAAAUUCAAAGCCACAUUUAGGGAAUGAUACGAAGAACAGACCAUAUGCAUGUAGUAUAUGCAGUAAGUCUUUUACGCAGCAGUACAAUUUGAAGGCACAUUCACGCAUGCAUACGAAAGAAAAUCCGUUUGUAUGCCAUAUUUGUAAUAAAUUAUUUUAUCGGCAGCUACAUUUAACGGCGCAUUUACGGACGCAUACAAAAGAAAAACCGUUUACAUGCGAUAUUUGCAAUAAAUCAUUUUCUGAGAAUCAAAGUUUAAAAAAACACUUAUGGACACAUACGAAUGAGAAACCUUACGCGUGUGACGUUUGUAAUAGAACAUUUUCCCAACUAUCAAAUUUAAAAUCUCAUUUGCGAAGUCAUUCGAAAGAGAAACCUUUUGUUUGCAAUAUUUGCAAUCAAGCAUUUUCUUAUAAUCGUGGUUUAAAAGCACAUUUAAUAACUCAUUCAAAAGAGAAACCGUAUCUAUGUGACGUAUUCUGUGAGACAAGUAUUGAACAGCACAAAUUAAGGAUAAAUUUACAAACACAUCCGAAAGAAAAACCGUUUGUAUGUGACAUUUGUAAUAAAAUGUUUUCUUUAAAUGCGUUAUUACAGAAACAUUUACGUACGCAUACGAAAGAAAGACCGUUUGCCUGUGAUAUUUGCAAUAGAGCAUUUUCUCAGCAGUAUAAUUUGAAAAUACAUUUACGAACGCAUACGCAAGAAAAACCGUUUACUUGCGAACUUUGCAAUAAAGCAUUUGCUGUGCAGGCUUCUUUAAUGGCACACUUACGGACGCAUACGAAAGAAAAACCAUUCGAAUGCAACAUUUGUAAUAAAGCAUUUUCUUUGGAUCGAUCUUUAAAAACACAUUUACGAACGCAUACGAAUGAGAAGCCUUACGCGUGUGUCAUUUGUAAUAAAACAUUUUCACAGCACCAGAAUUUAAAAACGCAUUUACGGACGCAUACAAAAGAUAAACCGUUUGUAUGUAAUAUUUGUAAUAAAGCUUUUUCUCAGAAUCGGAGUUUAAAAAGGCAUUUACUGACUCAUACAAAAGAGAAACCGCAUGUAAACAACAUUUGUAAUGAAACUAUUUCUCUGCCUCAAAUUUAAAAAAUAUAUUUACGGACACAAAAGAAACAGAAAUCGUUUAUCUGUGAUAAGCAUUAUAAAGUUGGUUAAAGUCUCUGAGUAUGGCAGAAUCAUUAACGGGUGCAUACAAAAGAUGAAUUAUUGUUGCUAUAUAUAUAUAUAUAUAAAACUUUUUUUUGGUUUGCUUUAUUUAAUUACAUUUGCAAAUGCAUACAAAAGAAAGACCUAUUGGAAUGAAACAUUUGAAAUAAAGUAUUUUCUCUGAAUUAGACUUCAUAAACACAUUUUUGUAAGUAUACAAUGAGAAAUUGUAUCUAAGCAACAUUUGUAAUUAAUUGUUUUCUCAUCAGUUGCUUUUAAAACUUAUUUACAGAUGCAUACAGAAGAAGGAACUAAAAGCUUCUGGUAUUUAUUAUUUUUUAAAAAUUGAUAUUCUUCUUCUAACAAACUUCUGGUUUUUAAAUGCUAAUAAAAGCCAAGGAGAUUGAAAGAGCCAUAACCUGUGAAAUUUAGUGGAAGGUGUUAUAGCAAGCUUGUGACAAAUGCGACUUAAGGUCUUUUUCUUUAAAAAAAAUAUUUAUAAAUCGUUUGUACAGUAUGUAUGAUAACAUUUUAAAUAAAAUGAUUUAUAAAUUA